AGAAAAGGACAGGCAGACACCAUGCAGUCCUGCGCCAGGUGUGGGUUUGUGGUCUACCCAGCCGAGAAGAUCAACUGCAUUGACCAGAACUGGCACAAAGCGUGUUUUCACUGUGAUGUUUGUAAGAUGGUGCUGACCGCCAACAACUUUGUCAGCCACAAGAAGAGGCCAUACUGCUCUGUACACAAUCCAAGGAACAAUACCUUCACAAGUGUCUAUGAGACCCCCAUCAACAUCAAUGCCAAGAAACAAACUAAGGCAAGCAGUGAGCUGAAGUAUCGUGAAGAUGGUGAGCGCUUUAUGUCCACCUUCCACUAUGACAUGAGGUCCCUGGAGCUGGAGAAGGCUCGCCUAGCCAAUCAGAUGGCCAGCCAGGCGUAUCAGUCUAAGUCGGAGUAUUCAGAGCAGCAGACCUGGUACUCAGGCAUGGUGACCAACCAGGAAAUAGUGAGGGUGUCCCAGAACCAGAAGACUAUCAGUGAUGUGAAGUACGCGGAGGAAUAUGAGCAGUCAAAAGGAAAAGGCAGCUUUCCUGCAAUGAUCACACCUGGCUACCAGGCUGCCAAGACAGCAAAUACCUUGGCCAGUAAUCUGGAGUAUAAAAAAGGCCAUGAGGAGAGAAUGUCAAAGUACACGGCGUUCGCUGACCCUCCAGAGGUGCUUCUGGCAAAGAAACAAGGACAGAUAACCAGUGAUUAUGUGUACACUGAGGAGUACGAGCAGCAGAGAGGCAAAGGCAGUUUUCCUGCGCAUCUCACUCCUGGGUACAAGGUGACAAAGAAGGCCACUGAGCUAGCCAGUGACGUGAAGUACCGUCAGAUGUAUGAACAGGAGAUGAGGGGGAAAGUCAGCACUGAGGCAGCAAUGGCAGAGGCCGUCCACGCCAAAGAAAAUGCGGAGAACUUCAGCCAGAUUGCCUAUACAGAGGAAUACGAGCAGCAGAGAGGGAAAGGGAGUUUCCCCGCCAUGAUCACUCCUGGCUACCAGCUGGCCAAGAAGGCUCAGGAUCAUGCCAGUGAUCUCAAAUACAAGAAGGACCUGAACAAGAUGAAGGGCACAUCGCACUUCCACAGUCUGACCUCAGAGGACAAUCUGACCCUGAAGAACGCCCGCAAAAUCAACAAGCUCGUCAGUGAGGUGGAGUAUAAGAAGGACCUGGAGAACACCAAAGGCCACAGCAUCAAUUUCUGUGAGACUCCACAGUUCCAAAAUGCCGUCAAGGUUUCCAAGUUCACCAGUGAUAACAAGUACAAGGAGAAGUACACCAACAACAUGAAGGGCCAUUAUGAAGACUCAGGGAUGGAUAAGAGGAUCAUGCAUGCCAUGAAAGUCCGGAAGCUUGCAAGCGAUAUUUCUUAUAAACAAGGCAAUGAGCAGGAGAGGAUGGAGCAGGGGGAAUACAACUACCCAGCCACCGACACGCCAGGCUACCAUAGCCAGAGGAAACUGGACCCUCUGAAGGACAAGAACUACAGGCAGCACAUCGACCAGGUCAAAUACAGCGCAGUGACCGACACACCUGAGAUUGUCCAGGCUAGGAAAAAUGCUCAGCUAGUCAGCAAUCUUAACUACAAAGCAGACUAUGAAAAGACCAAGCACCAGUACACCUUGUCCCAGGACUUACCCCAAAUCAAAAAGGCCAAAGCCAAUGCCGCCCUGUGCAGCGAUAUAAAAUACAGAGAGGAGUGGGAGAAGAGCAAGUCCAAGGCCUGCGACAUCGGUGUGGACACACUGACGGUCAAAGCAGCCAAAGCAUCCCGAGACCUCGCUAGUGACAUUAAGUACAAAGAGGCCUUCAUGAAGAACAAGGAAAAGGCAGUUGGGGUCAACGUGAGUGACUCCAAGACCUUGCACUCUCUUCAGGUGGCCAAAAUGAGCAGCGAUGUUGAGUACAAGAAGGGCUCCAAGGAGAUGCAGGCGCAGUACAGCCUGCCACAGGACAUGAUCAAUCUGAGCCACGCCAAGAAGGCCCAGGCGCUCGCCAGUGACCUGGAGUACCGCAAGAAGCUGCACGAGUACACCGUCAUGCCCGAUGACAUCAAGGUCCAGCAGGCCAAGAAGGCGUAUGCCCUGCAGAGCGAGAACCUGUAUCGCUCAGACCUGAACUGGAUGAAGGGAGUGGGCUGGGAGACUGAAGGAUGUCUGAACAUAGCCCAGGCCAAGAAGGCUGGAGAGCUUCUCAGUGAUAACAAGUACCGUCAGAAGGUCGACAGCAUCAGGUUCACCCAGGUGGCGGACGACCUCUCCAUCAAGCACGCCAAGAAAAGCCAGGAGCUGCAGAGCGACCUGGUGUACAAGGCGGACACGGAGCAGCUGAUGCACCAGUACACCAUGACAAAGGAUGAGCCUCUCUUCAGACAGGCCAAAGCCAAUGCAGACCUUCUUAGUGGGAAAGUGUACAAGAGCAGCUGGGAGAAGCAGAGGGAAAAGGGCUUUGAGCUGCACAUGGACUCUCUCGCCAUACUCACUGCGAAAGCCAAGAGAGACCUGGCCAGCAUGUGAGUCAAAUACAAGGAGCAGUAUGAGAAAAACAAGGGCAAGGUCAUUGGCAUCAAGUCAGUCUCUGAUGACUCUCAGAUGGCCCACUCUGCUCUGGCCACCAAACUGCAGAGUGGCCGCCACUACAAGAAGAACUACGAGGACACCAAGACAAAGUACAGUGUUUCUCUGGACAUGCUGAACAUCAGCCAUGCCAAGAAGGCCCAGGACCUGGCAACCGAGACCAAGUACAGGACUUUCCUCCAUGAAUACACAACACUGCCAACAGACCUGAACGUCGCCUGGGCCAAGAAGGCCUAUGGACUACAGAGCGAUAAAAAGUACAGGUCGGAUCUGAACUGGAUGAAGGGCGUGGGCUGGGAGGCCUCAGGAUCUCUGGAUGUCGUGCAGGCGAAGAAAGCCGGAGAGCUUAAAAAAUACCGUCAGGAUGUGAGUGCUCUGAAGUUUACCAGUGUUGAAGACACUCCAGAGAUGAUGCAGGCCAAACUCAGCAACAAGCUGGCUCUUGAUAGGUUGUACAAGGAGAAGGGCGAGAGCUUGAAGCACAACUACACGCUCAGUGGAGAGCUGCCUGAGCACGUACAGGCCAAGCUCAAUGCUAUGAACCUCAGUGAGACCCGUUACAAGGAAUCUUGGACAAAGAUACGCGACGGUGGCUACAAGCUGCGUCUGGAUGCCAUUCCUUUCCAGGCAGCCAAAGCAUCUGCAGACAUCCUCAGUGAUCAAAAGUACAAAGAGCACUUUGAGAAGACCAAGGGGAAGAUGAUUGGACUAAAGGGCCUGCAGGACGAUUUGAGCAUCGCGCACGAUUCGGUCCACGCCAGCAGGCUGCAGAGUGAUAUCAAGUACAAGCAGAACUCAGCCAUGGACCGCUCCAACUUCCACCUGCCCAUGGACAUGCUGGAGGUGGCCCAUGCUAAAAAGGCCCAGGUCGCUGUCAGUGAUCAUGAUUACAGGCUCACCCUGCAUCAGUACACCUCGCUGCCUGACGACAUGAAGCUCCAGGCUGCCAAGAAGGCGUACGCCCUGCAGAGCGAGAAAGUUUAUCGCUCUGACCUGAACUACCUGCGUGGUGCAGCGUGGAUCGCCACCGGUGCCUUGCAGAUUGAAGGCUCCAAGAAGGCCACGGACCUCAUCAGUGAUAAAAAGUACCGCCAGCAGCCGUACAACUUCAGGCACACCUCCGUCACAGACUCCCCAGACAUCGUCCAUGCCAAACUCAGUGGACAGAUUACAAACGAGCGUUUGUACAAAGAGAAAGGGGUGAAUGACAGACACAACUACACCAUUACAUCUGAGAGACCAGAGAUUACACAAGCAAAGAUUAAUGCAGCUAAUUUCAGUGAGAUCAAGUACAGAGAGUCCUGGCACACCCUGAGGGCUCAGGGCUACAAGCUCACCAUGCAGGACAUCCCAUUCCAGGCUGCUAAGAGCUCCACAGGCAUCGCCAGUGAUUACCAGUACAAGCACAACCACCUGCUGGAAAAAGGGAAGCACAUCGGUGCCAAGAGCAUCUUGGACGAUCCACGUCUCCUGCACUGCCUGCAGGCGGGCCGGCUGGCCAGCGACCAGGAGUACCGCAAGGACGCACUGAUGAGUAGCGGCCAGUACCACCUCACCCCAGACAUGAUGCAUCUGGUGUCGGCCAAGCAUGCCCAGACUCUGGCCAGUGAUCAGGACUACAGGAGGAGGCUGCAUGAAUACACAGUGCUUCCUGAUGACAUGAAGGUCAAGUGGGCCAAGAAAGCCUACGACCUGCAGAGUGAGAAACUCUACAAGUCAGACCUGAACUUCAUGAAAGGAGUGGCCUGGGACGGUGUGGGAGCACCUCAGUUAGAGUCAGCCAAGAAGGCUGGGGCACUUUUAAGUGACAAGAAGUAUCGUCAGCUGCCUGACAGUCUGAAGUUCACAUCUGUGGCCGACUCUCCUGAUAUUGUUCAUGCCAAGCACAGCUACCAGCAGUGCAGUGAGAGGCUGUACAAAUCUGGAAAAAAUGAUGACAUGCACAGGUACACCUUACACGCAGACGAUCCAGACUUCAUCAGAGCCAAGAUCAACGCCCAGCAGAUUAGUGAUAAAGUUUAUAAGGAAUCUGGGAACCAGGUGAUGUCAGCAGGCUACGACCUGAGGCUGGACGCCAUUCCCUUCCAAACUGCCAAGGCGUCCAGGGAAAUUGCCAGUGAUUUCCGCUACAAGGAAUCCCAUCAGAGGCAGAAGGGCCAGCAGGUGGGGCUGCUCAGUGUGGAAGACGACCCCAAGAUGGUGCACUCCCUGGCGGCCAGCAAACUCCAGAGCAACCUGGAGUACAAACGCCAGUCCAAGGAAGACCGCUCGCACUACAAAAUCCACGCUGACCAGCCGGAGUUCCUGCAGGCCAAAAAGAGUCAGGCGCUGGCCAGUGACCACACCUACCGCCAGAAGCUCCACAGCUACACCUGUGACCCCGAGCAGCUCAAUGUUAAACAUGCCAAGCAGGCCUACAAGCUGCAGAGUGAUGUGAACUACAAGUCAGACCUGAACUGGAUCAGGGGAGUGGGCUGGACCCCUCCUGGCUCCCACAAGGCCGAACUCGCUCGCCGGGCUGCAGAGCUGGGACUGGCGGAGGGAGUUAGCACUGAGGAGGCCAUUGCACAUUACCAGCACAUGAUGAUGCUUCAGCACCAGCAGCAGAUGGAGCAGCAGCAGAUGGAGCAGCAGCAGUCCUCAGAGGAGGUGGAGACCAGCGAGGAGAUUCAACAGGGCGUCAACAUGGACGCCAUGGAGAUCCUGCACGUCAAGAGAAAGAAAACCAUCCAGACUGUGCAGAAGAAGUCCACCACCACCUCCUUCAAGUCCAUGGAGAAGAAGACCAUCUCCUCCAAGCAGUCCACCACCACCUCGUCCUCCUCGUCAGCUGCUCUCGAGAAAUCCUUGUCUAGUAAAGCUGCAGCGAUAGAAGACGCGUAGAUCCAAAGACUCUGAUUGAUGUUAAUGUAUGGAGAAUGUUAGAGAGACACUUCUUGAAGGUGUGGUAAACUUUUACUGAGUGGUUUACUUGAC